GCUUUGGAUAAUAUCCAUGAGUACCGACUGACUAGCUGGCUGGGACAGCAGGAGGACAUUCACCGCAUUGUACUCUACCAGGCAGACAGCACCCUUACUCCAUGGACGCAGCGCUGCAUCCGGCAGGCCGACUGCAUCUUAAUCGUCGGGCUGGGAGACCAGGAACCCACUGUUGGAGAGCUGGAGAAGAUGCUGGAGAACACUGCGGUCCGAGCCCAGAAGCAACUCAUUCUGCUCCAUAGGGAGGAUGGGCCUCUCCCUUCCCGCACCGUGGAAUGGCUCAACAUGCGGAGCUGGUGUUCCGCUCAUCUUCAUCUCCGCUGUCCGCGCAGAGUCUUUUCCAAAAGAAGCCUGCCCGAUCUGAUAGAAGUGUACAAACGUGUAUUCGAGAAACCGCCCAACCGGCACUCUGACUUUUCUCGCCUGGCGCGUGUUCUGACGGGCAACGCCAUUGCGCUGGUCCUCGGGGGCGGAGGAGCGAGAGGAUGCUCCCAAGUGGGAGUUAUCAGAGCGCUGAUGGAAGUUGGCAUCCCCGUAGAUAUGAUCGGAGGAACAUCCAUUGGCUCCUUUAUGAGCGCCUUGUACGCCGAGGAGCGCAGCUACAAUCAGAUGAGGAUCAAAGCCAGGCAGUGGGCCAUGGUUAUGAACUCAGUGUUUAAGACUAUUCUAGACUUGACGUAUCCAAUAACCUCGAUGUUUUCUGGAGCUACUUUUAACAAAAGCAUUAACAGCAUCUUCAAAGAUAAGCAGAUAGAGGAUCUGUGGAUUCCCUACUUCACUAUUACAACCGACAUCACUGCUUCAGCAAUGAGGGUCCACACGGAUGGCUCUCUGUGGAGGUACGUCCGUGCCAGCAUGUCCCUCUCUGGGUAUAUGCCUCCUCUCUGUGACCCGAAGGAUGGGCAUCUCUUGAUGGAUGGAGGUUAUAUCAACAAUCUGCCAGCUGACGUCGCGAGGUCCAUGGGCGCCAAGGUGGUCAUCGCGAUCGAUGUGGGCAGCCGGGAUGAGACAGACCUCACCAACUACGGCGACUGCUUGUCCGGCUGGUGGCUGCUCUGGAAGAGAUGGAAUCCACUGGCCGAGAAAGUCAAGGUGCUGAACAUGGCAGAGAUCCAGACGCGGCUUGCGUACGUGUGCUGUGUGCGGCAGCUGGAGAUGGUGAAGAGCAGCGACUACUGCGAGUACAUCCGGCCGCCCAUUGACCGAUACGGCACCGUGGACUUCGGGAAAUUCGAUGAGAUCUGUGAAGUAGGAUAUCAGCAUGGGAAAACCGUGUUCAACGUCUGGCGCAGGAGUGGUGUCCUUGACAAGAUGCUAAAAGACAGGCAGGAGACUUGCAAAUCCAAAACUGAUAAUGUGACCAGUCCCACCACCUCUUUUACGGACCUGGCAGAAAUCGUGUCCAGGAUCGAGCCCGUGAAGGCACCCGUGGCGGACGAUGAGUCAGACUACCAGACUGAGUACGAGGAAGAGGUUCUGGACAGCCAGAAGGACGAUUAUAUCGAUUUCGCAAGCAACCAGGUUGAAGAAGACUCUGACUCGGAUGAAGAUACACAGAUAAGAAGGCGCAGGAAUCUGCCCAACGCGGACAGCCAGGCAAGCAGCGCCGGAGGGCCAGGCUAG